ACCUGAGGAACUGCUUCUCGCUCUGUGCGCAUCCUCUGCGUGCUUCUACAUAAUUAUGCUAUUUAGUUUAUUUGUCCAUUUUUUAGAAUAAUAAAUAAAACCUCUGUAAGGAUUAGAGUAUGUAUGGACUGUUUCGGUUCUCAGUAACGUCAUAUGGGUGUGACUGUGGACUCUGACCUUACUGUGUUCUUAAAGUCGCUGCUGCGUGCUGGAGUCGAUUUGAUUUCGCUUCUUGUUGGACUUCUUUUUUUUUUUGGACCUUUUGGUUUGUGGACGGAAAGUAAAACCUAUACACGACUGUUUUUGUUUUUUUACUCGUCGAUAUUUCUUGGUCGUUUUUUUUUUACCUGAAUUAGGAAAAGGACGACGGUGAAAAGCAUGAAACAUGUCCAUGGCAGGACUGAAGAAACAGUUUCACAAGGCAAGCCAGUUGCUCAAGGAAAAGAUCGGUGGUGUUGAAGGAACAAAGCUGGAUGAGGAUUUCAUCAGAAUGGAAAAAAAAACUGAAAUCACCAACAAGCUGACUGUUGACCUUAUUACAAAAACAACAGAGUACCUUCAGCCAAACCCAGCAUACAGAGCAAAACUCAGCAUGCUGAGUAAAGUGUCCAAGAUUCGUGGAAAUGUAAGGCCGGUUGGAUAUCCACAGACAGAAGGAAUACUGGGGGACUGUAUGUUAAUCUCUGGAGCUCAGCUCGGGGUGGAGUCUGCAUUUGGUAGUGCACUGGUGGACAUGGGAAAGGCCUUAAAGCAGAUGGCUGAAGUCAGAGACAGCAUGGACGUGCGUGUGAAACGCAGCUUUAUCGAUCCACUUCAGAUGCUACAGGAGAAGGAGCUUAAGGAAAUUGCAUUCCAUCUGAAAAAACUUGAGGGUCGCCGUUUAGAUUUCGACUACAAGAAAAGUUCCAAAAGGAGGUUUCCAGAGACAGAGCUUAAAAAGGCAUUCGACAAGUUUGAGGAAUCCAAAGAGCUGGCAAAAAGAAGCAUGUUCAACCUCUUAGAAAAUGAUGUGGAUCAAGUACAACAGCUGUUAGGCCUUGUUGAAGCCUCGAUAGAUUACCAUCAGCAAUCCCGGGACAUUCUGGAGAACCUCAGAAGCUGUCUGCAGAACAAGAUUACUGAUACUAGCAACAAACCAAAGAGAGAGUUCAAAUCAAUGUCUAAUGCAAGUACAAUGCGCUGCACGGACACUUAUGGGUUUUCCACAAGCUCAUCUUAUGACACUGAGAUAACUCAAGAGCUGAGUGAAAAAAGCAACUGUAAUGCUUCACUGGCCCAGCCUUGCUGUCGGGCACUUUUCAGCUUUACCCCUGAAAAUGAACGUGAGUUAGGCUUCAAGAAGGGCGACGUCAUUAUUCUCACUAACCAGGUUGAUGAGAACUGGUAUGAAGGGCUGCUCAAUGGAGAGUCUGGCUUUUUUCCUGUCAACUAUGUCGAAGUCCUUGUACAACUACCACAAUGACAGAAGGUCCCAAGUUCACUGAGCCAUUACACAAACUCUUAAAUUUUUUGAUGCUUGGUCAAAACUAUGCAUUUUAUUGAUCAACACCUUUGUCUGAUGAAUGUGCUUCACACUUCACAACUGUUCUCUUGGGGUUUUUUUCCACUAUGCAAGUGUAUCUAUAUAUUAUCUUGAUCUCUGCUUUGUAUUUUAUUGUUUAUAAUAAAAAGACCAAUGAUGCAGAGUCUAGUAUGCAACUCUUAAAAGUUGGUUGGUGGUAUGAGAGUAAGAGUGAUAUGAUUAUUUCUUAUACAGUAUGUGGUAUUUAACACAAUUUACUAACUUCUUAAAUAGGUGAAUGUAGUUUCUGUAUAUAGUCUCGCCACAUCCUACAAAGAAUAUAUGCAAUUAGGCAGCAAUAUUGCUAUCGCUUUUUGGGAAAGUGAUGCUGCUUUUUUUUUAUUAUAGCUAUACUGAAAACUGCAGUAUGUAGUUAAUAAUGAAUGCAUUUGCUAUUUGUUUUAGAGAAUAAUACUUUGUAAAUGAAAUAAAUAAACUUGAAUGAAAGUUGGCAAAUAAAA